GGCAAACGCUGUUCAGCUCUGAGGGCUACCUCCAUGUGCUUUCUCGUGAGGCGGCGGGUCACUUACUCAGCCUAGGGCUAUUGCUUCCCCCGCUCAGUUCUCCCCUUCCCACUUCACGGGUGUUUUUGUUUGGAGGUGGUGGGUCUUUUGGCGCGCUCGCUCAAGUUUGAGCCUCAAGCGAAGGAAAAGGUGAGAGAAUUGCUCUCAGCAUGACUACCGAGUCAGCCCUGAGCGUUUCUCCUCCUCCUCCUCCUCCUCCUCCAGCUGACAGGUGUCAGGCAGAAAGAGAAGAGGGAGACGCUGGGGAAGGCUGGAAAGCAAACAAGCAGGCAGCCGCCAAAGCCCGCUGGAAGCUUCUCAGACAGGUUCUGAAACAAAAACAAUUGGAGAAUGUCCACCUUCAGCAAGUAUCAAUAAGGAGAUUUGCUUCAUUCAAUCUCUUCUCAACAACACAGGAAGACAGAAAGGUAACAGAAGAUGAUUGUGGGACUUGGGUUCAAUAUAGAAGCAUCUACUAUCCUGAGUAUAUUAUAUCAUUAAGAUGUAACAGAGGGCUAUUAAAUGUUGAAGAUGUUCUGACAAGCUUUGACAACACAGGAAAUGUUUGUAUCUGGCCUUCUGAAGAAGUACUAGCUUACUACUGCCUCAAGCACCAUGAAAUUUUCAGGGGCCUUGCUGUGUGUGAGCUAGGGGGUGGCAUGACAUGCUUGGCUGGGCUUAUGGUUGCUAUUUCUGCAGAUGUCAAAGAAGUUCUGUUAACUGAUGGAAAUGAAAAGGCCAUCAAAAAUGUAAAUGAUAUCAUCAGAAGAAACCAAAAGGCAGGAGUCUUUAGAACCAAAGCAGUCUCAAGCUGCAUUUUACGAUGGGAUAAUGAGACAGAUGUCUCUCAACUGGAAGGACAUUUUGACAUUGUUAUGUGUGCUGACUGCCUGUUUCUGGACCAGUACAGAGCUAGCCUUGUGGAUGCAAUAAAGAGAUUACUCCAACCCAGUGGGAAAGCGAUGGUUUUUGCUCCACUCCGAGGGAAUACUCUAAACCAGUUUUGCAAUCUAGCUGAAAAAGCUGGUUUCUCUAUCCAAAGACAUGAAAAUUAUGAUGAACACAUUUCAAACUUCCACUCCAAGUUGAAAAAAGAAGAAAAAGAUAUUUAUGACGAGAACAUCCAUUACCCAUUUCUUCUUAUUUUAACCAAAAGUGGAUAGAGUAUGUGCCAGAUUUAUUCUGAUUACAAAGGGGGGGGGGAGAAUAGCUAUAUGAAUGUAGCAUUUUAAGAAUAAUCAAAAUGGUCAAAAGUUGUCACUUCUUGAGAAGAGAAAACCUUGAGCUGCAUAUAGUUAUAUCAUUCUUUGUACUUUUGCAUUGGUUUAUUAAAAAUCAACACUGAUAAGACCUGAAGCCUUAAGAGCUCCAUUUCUCUCCCCUUGUGGCUGACAUCACACGCACAUGAUUUCUUUUUCUCGACAAAAACGGUUUCUUCUAUUCCAUUUGAAAGCAUAUGUUCUGUGGCCGUGUUUGACCAACUGUAAAAUGCUGAAAGAUUUAUUGUUCUAGUAAGGGAAGAAAGAAAUCCUGAUAAUUGUUGGGCAUCUAAACGUCCUAUUCUAUAUGUGCCUUGUGCUAUAUUUUGAUCCACACACCCCCCUCAUGCUAUUCUUGAAAAUUGCCUUAUAGUUUUUCCUCCCCCUUUUAGAGAGAAAUGCUUCAAACUUGCUUUGCUUGAUUACUUAAUGUUUUUUGACAACAGGAUCCCCCCCCUCCUUUCCCUGUAGAUGUAUAAGAAAUUACUGCCUCAAACCAAAGCCUCAUAAACUGACCAUUUGUCCUCUGGACACAAUGCGUUGGCCAGCCCUCUGCUCCUCCUCUCCAAUUAUGUGUGAUUAGUCUCAGUGUGUUGUGUCAAGAAGGGGGAGUGUGCGGAGUAUUUAUUAUCUGUUUAGGUACAAGAAGAGUUCUCUCGCUAUGAAUGAAAACUGAGCCUUUAUCAGUACUGAAAUCUAACUGCAACUGUUCCCCAGACCUCUUGUCAAAAACAGAUCCUUGUCUGAGAAAUUCUGAAUGCUAUAGCAACUGCGGUUGGAGGGGGGGGUCGUCUGUUUCCCUCCACCACCCAAAAAAAUUAUCUGAACGUUUUGUUUAUACUAACAUAAUUCACAUAUUUGGAUAAUGUUCAUGUCCCAGCAACAAAACCUGCCUUUCAAAGCACAAGACUAAACUGCUUGGUUUUGUUUUCGCACAGGUUUAAGGAUUAUUAUUAUUAUUAUUAUUAUUUUGCCACUUUCAGAAGCUGGCAGCCUAAAUUUUAAAAAUUAUCAAAUACCCACUCUCUCUCUCCACCACCCCCAUUUUAAACAAGGAAAAGGAAUCCUAGCAAUAUAAAAAUAAAUGCAGUUCAUUGUGCAAUUUAUCGGCAAAAUACAUUAAAAUAAUUACCUUUGAUUUGUUGCUUUUCCUCUCCAGUUUAAUAAAUUGAGUUGCACACAAAAGUCCUGUUCCCUUCCCUGCUCUCUUCAAAUGAGUUUCUUCACUACCAGUUUGCAUGUCCUUGUAUUCAACACUUUUUAUGCUCCAUUAGAGCACCUAUAUGGAUCUCAGAAGGCACAGGUCAAGUCGCAGUUAGAUCAUACAUUUCUUUCUCACAAAAACCUGAAUUGCAAUGCCAAGUGAUGGGCUAACAUCACAAUAACAGCAAUUUAUUCCUCUUUUGAUAAAACAGCAGUCUAUUCUCAGUGUUGGAUAAAGACCAGGGGCAAUGCAAACCAGCCAUUUAUCCUAGUAUUUCAGUGGUAGAUCUCCCUUUAUGGAUUUUAUGGAUUUCACAUUGAGACUCUUACUGCGUGGAAUUUCUGCUAAGAAAUGAUAAGAAUUUAGAGAUGGCUGGGGUUUGUCAUAGAGGGAACACUCCUGCAAUCUGUUUGAGUCCCAUAGGCAUAUAUACCAGUAAGGUGUGCAUUCAGUAAAAAGUUUCAUAAUGGAGGAAACACAAAAAUCAGCCGAAGUAUAAACCUUCUGCAUCUAUUCUAAAGUAUUUAGAAAUAGGACAGAUGCAUAAACUUGCCAACUUUUCUCUAAUGACCCUGGAAAUUAUUGCUCCACUCUUUUUUUUCCUCCGAGGAGAUAACGAGUAUAUCAAAAUGAACAACUAAUUAUUGUUGUUUGUUUCUUUUCCCUGCCUGUCAUGUCAGUACAAGCUGGUGUCUCAAAUGCAGGCUAUUAUCCCGUAAGGGUUUAAUUGAAGGGGUCUUAAGAACACGAUCCUGCAAACAUUUAUGCAUUGAGGUUGAAUGGUGAAGCUAAAUUACUCAUGCAUAUAAUUGAUGAAAGGACUGGGGGCCCUAGACUGUAGCAUUUGCUGUUUAGGAUCAUUGUAUAACAUCAACAUUUUGCUUUGUUCCUUCCUCUCAAACUCUACUGUAAGGAAAAUCAUAGAGGUGGUCUUUUUGUAACUUGUGCUUUAUUAUUAGUUGCUCCUUCUGAUUUCUUUCUUUCUUUCUUUCUUUCACAUUAGAUUAACUAAGUAAACAGUCUGUUAUUGACAAACAUUUGGAUGGUGUUUCUGUUCCCCAAAAUAUUAAUAAAGUUUUUUAAAAAAAGUUAAAA